GUGAGGCGGAAGCCAUUAUUCUCGGGAGGCGACCACUGCGGGGACGGCUCAUGGGCAGCGCGGGGCCAGUCCUGAGUGUGUCCGAGGCCCCCCAGGGCGAGAGAGAUCGUCCUAGGAACUUUCCUUCGCUUUGGAACCCCGAUUCUGCCGCCAGUCUUACGUCAGCGUGACGACUCUCAGGAACGCCUGGGCUGCCCCUUGGUGCCAGCUCGUCUGCGUGUCCCCAUGAUGGCGGCACUGGGUCUGCCACCCCCGGCCGCUCCGCCCACCCAGGCCCCCGCCUGGAUCCGGAAGACAGAAAUUCCGCUUCCUUCCGGAGACCUUUCCUGCCCCCAGGACGGCGAGCUAUUUGCUUGCAGCGGCCCGGAGCCCCCAAAGCCAACCAGCUUUGGCUCCCAGGGAGCCCUGACUUUCCAGGAUGUGGCCGUGGACUUUACUGAUAAGGAGUGGCCCUUGCUGGACUCAGCCCAGAGGAAGCUCUACAAGGACGUGAUGCUGGAGAACUACAGCAACCUCGCCUCCGUGGGGUACCACCUGGGCAAGCCCAGCCUCAUCUCACACUUGGAGCAGGAGGAGGAGCCGAGACCCAAGGAGCAGGGGGCUCAGCCCGGCGCCCGUCCGGAUUGGGGGCCCCCCUCCAAGUCCCGCUGGGCCCUUCUCAUGGAGGACAUUUUCGGGAAGGAGACCCCUGGCGCUGUGGAGGAGGUGAGGAUGGGGGGGACUGCAGAGAGGGGGCAGCUGCAGAUCCGGGGUGGUGGCUACGCCCCGCUGUUGGGGGCCCUGGGCCCGAGCCCCGACCGCCCUCCGACCGCCGCCCCCCAGCGCCCGGGCCAGGACACGGACCUCAAGCCCCCGCCGGGCCGCAAGAUGCACGAGUGCCAGCAGUGCCGCAAGGCCUUCACCACCAGCGCCUCCCUCACCCGCCACCGGCGCAUCCACACGGGCGAGAAGCCGUACGCGUGCGGGGCCUGCGGCAAGGCCUUCAACGACCCGUCGGCGCUGCGCAGCCACGCGCGCACGCACCUGGCCGAGAAGCCGUUCGCCUGCGGCCAGUGCGCGCAGGCCUUCCGCACACUGUCGGCGCUGCGCAUCCACACGCGCGUGCACACGGGCGAGCGGCCCUACCGCUGCGAGCAGUGCGGCAAGGCCUACGGCCGCAGCUGCCACCUGGUGGCCCACCGGCGCAGCCACACGGGCGAGCGGCCCUACGCCUGCCGCGACUGCGGCAAGGCCUUCCAGCACCCGUCGCACCUCAAGGAGCACGCGCGCAACCACACGGGCGAGAAGCCCUACGCGUGCGGCCAGUGCGGCCAGGCGUUCCGCUGGAAGUCCAACUUCAACCUGCACCGCAAGAACCACGCGGCGCCGCGGACCUACGCGUGCCGCGACUGCGGCAAGGCCUUCGGCGACCCGCGCGCCCGGCGGCGCCACAUGCGCGCGCACAGCGUCAAGAAGCCCGUGGAGUGCCCGCAGUGCGGCAAGGCCUUCCGCAACCAGUCGGUGCUGAAGACGCACAUGAACUCGCACACGGGCGAGCGGCCCUUCGCCUGCGAGCUGUGCGGCAAGGCCUUCGGCGCCAGCUCCAACCUCACGGCGCACCGCAAGAUCCACAGCCGCGAGCGGCGCUACGAGUGCGCAGCCUGCGGCAAGGUCUUCGGCGACCACCUGGCCCGCCGGCGCCACAUGAGCGCGCACCUGGCCAAGCCGCGCGUGGAGUGCGGCCAGUGCGGCAAGGCCUUCCGCAACCAGUCCACGCUGCGCACGCACAUGCGCAGCCACACGGGCGAGAAGCCCUACGCGUGCGAGCACUGCGGCAAGGCCUUCAGCAUCGGCUCCAACCUCACGGUGCACCGGCGUAUCCACACGGGCGAGAAGCCCUACGCCUGCCCGGCCUGCGGCAAGGCCUUCAGCGACCACUCCUCGCUGCGCAGCCACAUCAAGACCCACCGCGGCGAGAAGCUCUACGUGGCCCCCAAGCGGCUGCAGUGAGGGGGCCGCUGGGCCAGGGGCGAGGGGCCGGGGCGCGG